AUGAUAAAAUAUUUAAAUUCAAUUAGUUUUGUAAAUAAGAAUUUAGAUAUUUCAAAUGAUGAUACAUCAAGUUAUAUGAGUGAAACAGCAUCAGAUAUUGAUAUAGGUGAUUAUGAUCCAAAUGAUUGGUUUUUAGAAGAUGAAGAGAAUCAAGGUGAAGAAGAUGAUGAACCAUUAUUUACAAUACUUGAAAAGAAAGGAUUAGAAGAUCAAAUUAAAGAUAAUGCAAAUGUUUUAUCCGAUCAAAUCGACCAAAGUUCAGGUAAUGCAAUACUAUUGUUACAAUAUUUUAAAUGGGAUUUGGAUAGAGUUUUAAGUGGUGAAUAUUUUGAAGAUCCAGAAAGGGUUUGUAAGAAUGCAGGUAUUAUCUUGGCGAAUGAACAAAUUACAAAGUAUCCAACCAAUUCAGUUUGUAUUGUUUGUUUUGAAAAUCAAUCAAAUGAUGAUAGUUUCUAUAGUUUAUCAUGUGGCCAUGGUCCAUAUUGUAAGGGAUGUUGGAAGAGUUAUCUUCAUCAAGAGAUGCAAACUUGUGGUGGUGAAAUCAUUCAUAGUAAAUGUAUUUAUCCAUUAUGUAAUGGAAAGUUAACCUAUGAGAAUUGGAAAGAUUUAGCAUCGGAUCGUGACUACUCUCGUUAUUGGUAUUUCAUUUGCAAGGAUUUCGUUGGUAAUAAUAAGAAUUUAGAGUUUUGUCCAAAUCCAUCAUGUGGAAAUGCUAUUAGAUAUAGUGGUGUUGGUAGACCCAAUGAUGUGGUUGAAUGUCAUUGUGGUACUAGAUUUUGUUUCUCUUGUGGAAGUGAAAAACAUAAUCCAGUUAGUUGUGCUCAACUUGUUGAAUGGAAAUCAAAGAAUAGCAAUGAUCAAGAGAGUUUAAAACUUAUAAAAUCAACUUGUAAACCUUGUUAUCAUUGUGGUAUGCCAACCGAACGUAUAAUGGGUUGCAAUCAUAUCAUUUGUCGUAAGGAACAAGGUGGUUGUGGUGGUGAAUGGUGUUGGAUGUGUCGUGGAGAUUGGAAAACUCAUGGUCAACAUACUGGUGGUUUCUAUAGUUGUAACAAGUAUGAAGUCUCUGAAGGUAAGAAAGCAGAUGAAAGUGCUGCCAUUGUCAAACAGGAAUCUGAUCGUUUUCUUCACUAUUUCACUCGUUAUUUCAAUCAUGAUAUGUUAAUGAAACAUGCAAUCAAAAUGAGAGAUGAAGAAAUGGAAGAUAAAAUGAAUCAAUACAGAGAAUUGGCAAAUUUAAAUCCAGAUUUCCUUCAAGAGGCAAUUGAAUUGUUAAUUGAAUGUAGACGUAUUCUAAAGUAUACUUAUGUUUUCGGUUUCUAUUUAUCUGAUAAUGUAGCUGGUAAAACAUUUUUCGAAUAUCAACAAGCAAAUGCUGAAGGUAUCACUGAAGAACUCUCUGAAUCUGUUUAUAUUAAUGUUGCUUUAAUAAAUGCUGAAGAUAUGAAAAAUAGAGUUAGAGUAACUAAAAAAUAUAUUAAUAAUUUAGUAAAAUCAAUUGAAGAAGGUUUAGGUUUAGAUGAAUCUUUAGGCUUAUCUUCAAGUAUAAGUGGUAUUCCUCAAGAAUAA